UGUGGUGCUGCGGCGGCCGCCACCGCAGCUGCCGCUGCCUGCUCGCGGCUGGGUGUCCCGGAGGCGGCUCCUGGGAGCCGCGGGAGCAGCUGCGGUGCUCUGCCAUAUUGUGUCUGGUCCGGCCCGACCCCCGCCUCCCUUUUCGCAGCGGCUUGAGCUGACGAACUAUAUGAGUAAAUGGGUCCAGUAAUUGGAAUGACUCCAGAUAAGAGAGCUGAGACGCCAGGAGCCGAGAAGUUUGCAGGACUAAGUCAGAUUUAUAAAAUGGGAAGCUUGCCUGAGGUUGGGGAUGCUGCAAGACCAAAGGCCACUCUAGUGGGCACUGACUCAGCAGAUGACGAACUCACAAACUUGAACUGGCUUCAUGAAAAUAGUAAUCUUCUAACAAACUUCAGACUUGGAAGUGAAGGUUUUCCAAUGGUUAGUCCGUUGUAUGACAUAGAGGGAGAUGAUGUGCCGGCCUUUGGACCGUCCUGCUACCAGAACCCAGAGAAAAAGUCAGCAACUUCAAAGCCCCCGUACUCCUUUAGUCUUCUCAUUUAUAUGGCUAUUGAACACUCUCCAAAUAAAUGUUUGCCAGUCAAAGAAAUUUAUAGCUGGAUUCUGGACCGUUUCCCAUACUUUGCCACCGCACCCACAGGCUGGAAGAAUUCUGUUCGACAUAAUCUAUCCCUGAAUAAAUGUUUUCAGAAAGUGGAAAGGAGCCAUGGCAAGGUUAAUGGAAAAGGUUCCUUAUGGUGUGUUGAUCCAGAAUAUAAGCCCAAUCUUAUACAGGCCUUGAAGAAGCAACCUUUUUCCUCUCCACAGAGUGGUUCUUUAUCACCUCACUACUUGAGCUCUGUUCUCAAGCAAAGUCAAGUGCAAACUCUUAAAGAAUCUGAUAUUGAUGCUGCCACUGCCAUGAUACUUUUAAAUACUUCAAUAGAACAAGAGAUUUUAGAAUGUGAGAAGCCGUCACUGCAGAAGAAGAGGGGUUACAGCAGUGCAUUCAGUGCCCCAGGCGCUGUGCGGCUGCAGGAGAGCCAUCCUCCAGCCGCCAGCAUCGACCCGAAAGCAGACCACAAUUACAGUGCCAGUAGCAUGGCAGCUCAGCGCUGCGCAUCCAGGGCGAGCGUGUCUUCCCUGUCUUCUGUGGAUGAGGUGUAUGAAUUCAUACCGAAGAGUAGCCAUGUGGGAAGUGAUGGCAGCGAGGGCUUCCACAGUGACGAGGACACGGAUGCUGAUGAUGAGGACGAUCGUCUGGGAGACAGCGGCUAUGCACCACAAGCUCAUGAAGACAGUGCUCCCGAAGGACAGCCAGGCAAAAAGAAGAGGAAACAGUCGUGUCAAGAAAUUGAUGACGAACUCAAAGAAGCAGCGGGGUCGCUGCUCCACCUUGCUGGAAUCCGAACCUGCCUUGGUUCCCUCAUAAGUACUGCGAAGGCACAGAGUCAGAAACACCGGAAGAAGUAGGGAUACUUACUAAAGUGUGGCAAUACUCUUCUACUUAACUCUUCACAAGGGAUAUCAGAGCCAUAGCGGACUUCUUAGCUUGAGGGUAGGGGAGGAGUGCCACUUGUUUCUUUCUAAAUAUUUUUUGGUUGCUUUUCAUUUUUUGUUUUGUUCAAUUAAACAGUUGCUCUUAGGAUCAUGACUAAUUGUAAAUCUGAUAUAAGAGUCCCCAAAACAAUUUCUGUGAAUAACUGUCUCCCAGAUUUGGAAAAUUUUGUAUAAGAAAAUUCUCAGCCUCUGUCUUAAACUUGUAGGGGGAAAAAAUCAAUCUCUUUUGUUGAUUGGUCAAAUACAAGAAUUGGUAGCUCAGUAUUUUCACUUUUGUUCCCAUUCUGUAGUCAACUGUAGUUACUCAUGUAGCUAAGCACAGGCUGGCAUCUUUCUCACGUGCUCCUCUCCUGACAUCUUCUGUCUUAUUCUUGUUUUAAGUUAUUCUUUGUUGCAGCAUGAGCAUGACCAAACAUAAAUGGAAACGAUCCUAGAUGCCUAGAAGGUUCUCUGGUUUGUAGGGGUGUGGCUCAUCUCCAGAUGGGAAUUCCUAUUGCAAUAUCUUUGAAAUGUUCUUACCUCACAGUUAAUGCACAGCAUCCCUGGGGCCUUUACCCUUUCCCAGAGUACUUUGCAAGUGUUGUUUGAGUUUUAGCUACUAACUGUCUUUGUUAAGUAAAAAUUGUCCAGUGAGAGGAUACAGUCGGAGUGUGUCAUGGGAUAACAUACACCUUUACACACUUUAAAAGAGAAUCUUGCAUUUGUUUUCUAAACAUAGUGUGAUAAUAUAUUGGGAAGACAUGUUGUAACAUCUUAAGUAAAAGUAGGUCAUUGAGGACAGAACUUUUCAAGCUUUGUAUAAAUUAAAAUUAUAUGUGUAAUGAAUAGACUUAAAACAUUUGAUAGGAAACUGUAGAGAUAAACAUCUUCAGGGAUUUCAAAAUAGGUAUAAAAAUUAGAUCUUAUACAGAACUUUUUAAGAGGCAAUGUAAUACCUCUAUGUGCCAUUAAUCCAUGAUAAAAUAUUUUAUAUUACUAUUCCAAACGGCAUUGGCCAAGAAAUUUUACGUAUUUCAACAAAACUGCCUAUAUGAGACAGUUUUCAUAUCACAGUUUGAUUGUAGUAUUCAGAACAGGGAUACUAAUACUGUAACUCACAAAUAUAUUUUUUUACAGUGGUGGGAGAAACUUUGACUGUAUCCCAGGCAGUAACCUUCUUUGCAUUUUUCUAAUUUAUAUGCAUAGAUACACUUGCUGUAUGCACACAUAUACAGGCUCAGGUUAGUUUCCUGCUUUGAAAUGUUUUUAUGACUACAAAGCAUUUCUUGGAAUUUUUUUAAAGACAAAUAUUUCAUUUUUACUUAUAAAUUUUAUUUGGGCAAAACUGUCAAAUGAGAAGAAAAACUAAAGCAUGUUUCUUAACUGACCAUGCUUGCAGCUUUAACAGCAUUAAUACACUCUUGUUUCCAUGUUAGUUAUAAUUAAAUAUGGAUAGCUGUAUUAAUGGAAUGGGUGCUACUAAAAUAUUGACAUUUUUCUUUUAUUGAUAAUGCAGGAUGAGGAAUUUUAAAUCUUCCUAACUCAUUAGUGUUAUUUCUCCAAAAACCAGCUAAGUGAAGAUAGUCUUUUACUGCAGACAGUGAAUACAGUACCAACUGAAAGUAUGCUUUGCCAUGGUGUCAGUCAUAAAGCGGCUACAAAGCUCAGUUGAGUAGCACAGUAUUUUGAAGUGAAUCCCCAUGGCCUUCUGGACGGGGCUCACAGUGCCCAGGAUCUGCUCUGAAAUUCUCUACAAGUGUUUCUCCAAGUUCCUGUCUGUUAGCUCUUCUGCAAAUAGAGGAAAUGACCUCAAGUAGGAGAGAAUUGCUCUUUGCUCGAAAAGACCUCUUCAAAAUGCCUGUUAGGCAGUAGCUGAAAUUCUUUUCUUUGCCUCUUCAGCGGACUCUUAUUUAAAGCUGUAGCCAUUAGCAAAGAUGAUAACUGCACCAACAGCAGCGUUCCCUAACAGUUUGCACUUAGUUCUCGUGUGGAAUUCAGUGUCUCAUUCUCCAUGUGCUGUUGUGUCCGGGCAUCCAUCUCAAGGGGAGAGCCUUCUUCAUUCUGGCCCCUUGUGAUGUUCUCGGGGAUCGCGCUCCUGCUUGGAGACAGCUGGAAGCUUCCAUUUAAGGAAGUCAUUCCAAACCUCAUGGACUGGAAAUUCCCACAGUUAACACACUUCAUGUAAUAAACAUAACCUAGAAACCAGGGACAACAUCCACAUUGUUAAACUUGUUUUAGCUAAGGUAUACUUUGUCUUAUAUCAGAAUAAGAAUUUUGUUGCAACCACUUCAGUUUUAAUGAAUCCCUAGUAAAAGCUGUGUCUUGGCACUGUUAUCUUUAUUUUCCACAUUGCCAAGAGAAUUGGUGUUUCUUGAAUACAUCUUUGAAAUUUGUUUGUGCAAUAUAUUAUACUAAAUUAGUUGAUCUUUUGCUUUUUAAUUCAGAAUGAAAACGUUGCCUAGAUCAGUAGAAAAGCAAGGGGUGCGGCACCCCUUUCCACCUGGGACCCUUGCCUGUUCUUGGAGCCAGCAUGACUUAUUAGAUUCCUUUGUAUAUUGUAGAGUUGAGCAUCUCUAUUUUUUUCCACUGUUUGAGGCAUUUGUAAAGGGUUCCUACUAGAUGGUCAGUUAAUACACACAUGUUAGCCAGUUCAAAGCCAGAGCAAGUGUUAAGGCAAUGUCUGUAUGUUUGUAGACUGGGAGGCCUUUUAUAGCAACUCGGGCUGCAGGUGGGAGUGCUCCCCAAAGCCUCCAAACUGUUACCCAAAAUAGAAGACUACUUAACACCCUUCAAAAACCAUAGCAUUUUCUAAAGCAACUUCUGAGGCUUUCUAGUUUACAUAUGUGUCAUAGGGUUUUUUUCUUUCUUACUUUGAAAUGUGUAAGUUUUGAUUAAAGUUUACUCCAAUGUGUUAAUGAUGUAGUCAAAUAUUUAUUGAAAGACACAAUAGAGUAUUUUAAUGUUAUACCUGCCAUUUUUCAAGAAUAUUCUUUGCAUCUAACUGCCAGUGCCAUUGUCAAACUUGUUUUCAAAAUUGUACUUUUUUUAUUAAACAAAGUGCUUAAUUUUAAAGUAUUAUGUUGCCAUCAUAUAGUGUAUAAAAUGUAUAAUUGCCAAUUCAUUGUAACUUAUUUAUUUUUAAACAAAAUAUAAGAAUACUUUUUGAGUAAAGAAAUUUGUUAUUAAAUUGUUUCCUUGUUUCUGAUGUAGCAUAAAAACUUCUGAAUUUAACUGCCGAUAGACGACCAGCCACAAGUGAACCUCUUCUCUGUUGCCAGUCUUUGCUCAGAGUAAAAUAACUUACAAAUGUUUAGUUUUUGUAUCUAAUCUCUGACUCUUAAAAUGUUUAUAAAGUUUAUUUUUACCAAAGAGAUGCAAUUCAUUAUGAUAAAGUUGCAGAGUAAAUG